UAACUAUAAACAUUACUAAAACAAAGUUUGCAAAUUACCUUUCGUUUCCUUUUAUAGGUUAUAUUCUAAUCUAUAUAUUUGUAUUUAAGAGAUCGGGCAUUCAGAUAAUGCUGACAUCCAAAAGCUGCCAGAUCCAGUCCCUCGUGGUGACUUCAAACCUAUAGCGCUGCCAAAAGGACAGCCUACAUACAUUGCUUUUGACCUGGAGACAACUGGCCUUAUACACGAUGGCCAGAUCCCACAUAUUACCCAGGUUGCUGCCACAGAACCUAAAAGUGGAAAAGCUUUCAAUAUGUAUGUUCUACUUACAUUGCCCAUAUCUGACAAGGCAUAAGAAGUGACCGGCCUAAGAAUGGUGGAUCACAAGAUGCAGUACAAUGGAACUAAUGUAGAGGCUUAUUCCAUAUAUGAAGCUUUGAAAUCAUAUUGUGAUUGGUUAGAAAAAUUUCAGAAUGUUGUAUUGGUUGCGCAUAAUGGCAGAAGAUUUGACUUUCCUGUUUUGUUGACGGCAUGUGACACUGUAGGAUUGAGGGACAGAAUGUGUAAGUGUGUUGCUGGAUGCGCGGAUUCACUGUCUAUAUUUAGAAAAGCAUACCCAAACAGGAAGUCUUACAAACAGGAAGACCUUGCAAAAGAUCUAUUGGGAGCUUCAUACUGUGCUCAUAAUGCUUCCGAAGAUGUCUCGAUUCUUGGUAAACUUAUUCACCACUUGGACAUAUUAUCUGUUGAUCUGCUGCCACACACAUUUUCAGCAAAAUCUGUGUACAAUUCUCAGUUGUGCAGUCGGGAAAAAGCAAAGAAUUUGCCGUCACUUAGAGUAUUGAUUUAUAAUAGUGUGUGUAAGUUAACUACAGCCGAGAAUAUUGCUGCAUCCGGCUUAAACCUACAACAUCUAAGGUGCAUCUUUAAGCGCCAAGGCGAAGAUGGUCUUCGGAACAUUUUCGUGAUGAAGAACUGUGACGGUCAGCCACGAGUAACUAAUACUAAAAUAACAUUAGAAACUGUUAUCGCUGCCCUUGCACAGUAUUUUUCAAGGAAUUAGUGUAUGACAUAGCAUUUUUAUAUGAUAUACUUCUGUGUUGCUCCAGAGGUGAUACUUUGGGAAUAAUACAGUUUAGUACACUGGUCGUGCUCUUUCUAAAGUCAGAACAAUACGUUGAGAUCCAUUUCAAGUUGACAAUUUUUACAUUUACUCAGUAUAUACAGUAAUUAACAUAUUUAUAGAAUGCUUAGAAUAUAGCUUCAUGAUAAUUAGGUCAUUUUGAGAAUGUUUGAUACUUUUCAAAAUGUAUUUUGAAUUUUACAUGACGAAAUGUGUACUGUUGAUGAAAA